AUGUCUGUAAAAAACCUUUUAAAACCAAAGCAAAUCACCUUGGCGCUUUUGAAACCAGACAUUUGUGCUAAUGCAGCAUUACCACCAAAGAUCAGAAAGGCCAUUUUAAACAAAGAUUUAGAGAUUCUUGAGGAACGUAAUGUACUUUGGACCGAAAAGGAAGCAGGACAAUUUUAUGCAGAACAUGAAGGCAAAUUUUUCUACCAUCGAUUAUGUGGAUAUAUGACAAGCGGACCCUUUAAAGCCUUGAUUUUGUCUUCUCCCAAUGCUAUUAAAGAUUGGCGUGCACUUAUUGGUCCUACACAUCCUGUUCGCGCACGGAUCAACCAGCCAGAGACAUUGAGAGCACUAUAUGGACUGACCGAUACAAGAAAUUCAUUUCACGGAUCAGGUAAUCCAUCAAAUCUAAUGUAA